AUGGAAAUAUGGUAUAGGAAGGGUGGAACCCAUGGUGUAGGUGGGCUUGAACUUAUCAGCUCUGAUGCUAAACUGGUUGACAUGCUGGGCCAAAUGCCAUGUAAUAGGAUUGUUGUGUUGUACUAUACUGAAGUGGGCAAUUGUAAUACAAUUUGGAGUGAAGCAUUUUUUAGGUGCCAAGGUUUGGAUGGUGCAGACAAUGAGGUGGAAGAUGAAACUGGGGUGGAAUAUGAAACUAGGAUGCAAGAUGAAACUGGGGUGGAAGAUAAUGUUGAUGUUGAAGAUAAAGAUGCAGCUGAGGUUGUAGACAGUGAAAAAGAUUAUGGAGAAUUUGUUGAUAGUGAUUACAAGUUCAGUGAAGAAGAAUUUGGGUUUAAGACAGUUGAAGUGCCUAUUCAUAAUGGGGCAGAGGACAUUAUGAAUGAUAGCAAUGAGGGGCCUGCUUUUCAAGCUCCUAGAGAGGUGUCAUCAUAUCGUGAGCACACCUCAAAUUUUGAUACUGAAAGUGAGGGUGAUAGGGAUGAUAUGGAUGGAGAUAAUGAAGGGAGAAGUAAGGUGAGAAGGAAAAAAAAACUGCCUCGGUUUAAGCAGUAUAGAAGGGAGGUGGACUUAAAGAAUCCUGAGUUUCAGCUUAGGAUGCAAUUUGAAAACAGACAGGUUCUUAAAGAGGCACUCAGGGAAUAUUCCAUCAUUCAUGGAAGGAAACUGUUCUUUGAAAAAAAUGACAAGACAAGAGUAAAGGCAAUUUGCAAAGGAGGAUUCAAAUGUCCAUUUGUGCUUUAUGCUUCACAGAUAAACCAGGAUGUGCAAACAUUUGCAAUUAAGAAGUUGAGCUUAGAACACACAUGUGAGAGGGUGGAGAAACUGAAGUUUGCUAAUCCUAAAUAG